CUCAAACUUAUCUCGUAACCGACGGAGGAGAGGUUAUUGGAAGCGCGUCGCCCCUUCAUUCAAAGUAAAACCAUGUCAGCUGAGUACGAGCCCAUGAACGUUUUAUUGGGUACUUUGCCCGAGUUCCCAGAUAAAGUGGAAUCCUAUGAUCUGAAAGUGGGAGGCCAAGUCCCGAGUACAGCUAAAGAAGUUCUCGUGUACGUGUUUGUCACUACGACUGGAGAAGGUGAGUUCCAGCGCGGCUACUACGAGAUUUCUACAAGUAAAGGAGGUAAGCAGUUCACUCAGUUCCUGAAUGUGGCUGUUGGACAAGGUGUCGCAGCUGUAAACUCCGCGAAUUUGUGGCUGCCGGUUGGUGAUGGCAAGUUGGCAGUGAAACUGACGCACCCGGACGACGCCAAGAAAAGCAUUGCGAGCAAGGGUGGCGAGGAUUGGAGCGGAGUGUUUGUGAUCGGUCACAGAUGAGCUGGCGAAUGACUUGUUCUCUUCUCCGACAGAACUUAUUCGACAAGACUGAGUUGUUGUUGUUGCGCUUGCAGAG